CAUUUUCUAUAAUUAACCCACACACUUUCAAACUUCCAAACCCGCGUUUGCACGCGUGUUUGUAUAAAUAUAAGACCACACCAACUUUAAGUCUUCAUUGUAUUCCUUCAUCUCUCUCACAUUAUUCUCACAUAAAAUUACAAAAGUUCAUAAAAUUUUGAAACCUUUUUGAUUCUUUGAAGAUUAUUUACAACACCCAUAAAAUGAUUUCUGCGUAUAGGAACCGAAGAGCAGAAAGACAUGCUAACAAGAUCAAGAACAAGAAGCUGCCCGAUGUGGAGGUUGAGGUGACCGUACCGGAGCUUUUUCGAUGCCCGAUAUCACUUGAAUUGAUGAAGGAUCCGGUUACUUUAUCUACCGGAAUAACCUACGAUAGGGAGAAUGUGGAGAGGUGGAUAUAUGAAGAUGGGAAGAACACUUGUCCGGUGACCGGUGUGGUGUUGACGAGCCUUGAGCCCGUGCCAAACCACACCAUAAGAAAAAUGAUUCAAGAUUGGUGUGUAGAGAAUAAGUCGUAUGGGUUCGACCGCAUCCCUACCCCUCGGGCCCCGGUUAGCUCGGGUCAAGUGGUUCGGAUUCUUUCAACGAUAGUGGCCAUGAGGGGUAAUGGUAACGUGGAUGGCGUUAAGGAGUUGGUGGUGAAGAUAAAAGAUUUAGUUAAAGAAAGUGAGAGGAGUAAGAGGUGCAUUGUGUCAAAUGGGACGCCUCGAGUGUUAAGGGAGACACUCGAGGCGUUUUCUUACGAGAAUCAAGAAAAUGUCUUGGUUUUGGAAGAAAUUUUGUCAUGUUUAACCGUUAUUCUUCCGUUUGACCAAGAGACCAAGUCUGGUCUCUGGUCAAACCAAUCUUUACGUACUAUUGUAAAGAUUUUAACAGUCGGAUCUUUAUCGGGUCGAAGGAAUGCGGUGUUGGUGCUUAAAGAACUCCUCUCAACCGAUCAAACGAAACUCGAAGAAUUCACGAAGAUCGAAGGAAGUAUGGAAGCUUUAGCAAAACUCAUCAUGGAGCCUAUUGACCCUACUACCACAAAUGCUUCAUUGCUAGCCAUUUACCAUUUGGUCACUCCAUCAAUUUCUUUUAACCAAAAGGAAACCCUAAUUACAAGAUUUCUUGAAAUGGGCUUAACCGAAAGGCUCGUAGAAAUGCUUGUUGACUGCACGAGAGGCGUUUGCGAAAAGGCGUUAGGCGUACUCGAAGGUCUUUGCAGCAUCGAUGAAGGGCUCAAGAAAGCCUAUGCGAAUGCGCUAACAAUCCCUGCGCUGGUGAAGAAACUGCUGCGUGUUUCGGAUAUCACCACUGAGUUUUCGGUUUCGAUUCUUUGGAAGUUGAGUAAAUAUGCUAAGAGUAUUGGAGAGGAAGAAGGAGUGGCCAUUGAAGCACUUCAAGUAGGAGCAUUUCAGAAGAUUUUAUUGCUGUUGCAGGUUGGUUCUUCAUCAAAAACAAAGGAGAGGGCUUGUGAUUUGUUAAAGGAGUGGAAUUUGCAUAGAGGGAAAGUUGAGUGUAUUGAAUCUAUGGAUUUCAAGAAUCUCAAUAGACCAUUUUGAACAAAACCAUAGUUUUAGGAACAUUAGUUAUUUGUAAAUCAUAGUCAGAAAAAUUAUUCUUUUGCAAAUAAUAUUAAGGAUAUACACACAAUUUGAUUA